AUGAGUGAUCUUAAGAAACCAGAAGCAAAGCCUGUCCCAAAAGACCAUCGAUGGAUCCUCUUCGUCUCAGGUCCGACAGCAUCUGGCAAGACAUCAGUCGCCAAAUUCAUAGCAGAGAAGCUCAAUCUCAAAUUCGUCGAAGGCGAUGAUUUCCACCCAAAAACCAACAUCGAGAAAAUGAGCCACGGCCAACCCCUCACCGACGAGGACCGCUACGGCUGGCUGCAAGCUCUCCAUGAACACGCCACGCACCAUCCCAUCGGCCCAGGAACAGAACACCUCGUCGUUACCUGCUCAGCACUCAAGCGCCAAUACCGCGACAUGCUACGUGAAGGUUCUGACAAAGCUGGGGAUUUGCGUGUGCACUUCUUACAUCUUGAUGCACCGGAGGAAGUGCUCACGAAGCGUGCUGCUGCGAGGAAGGGGCAUUUUGCGGGAUCUGCGCUUGUGCAUAGCCAGUUUGAGGCUUUGGAGAGGCCGACGGAGGAUGAGAGUGAUGUUUUGAUUGUUAGUGUUGAUCAGUCGGUUGAGGAUGUUCAGAAGGAGGCGUUGGGGAGGGUGAAGGAGCUGUUGGAUGAUGAUCCUGAGUGA